GGGGCGGGGGGAGGGGUGGGGGAGGGGAGGAGGCUGCGAGAAGGGGCUGUGGGCGGUCCCUGAAUGGCCUCCAGGAAGACGCCUGGAAGAUGGAGGCCCAGAUUCUUGAGACGUUUCUCUUUCUGAUCUAGCAGGAGGGGCAAAGAGCGCCUUCUCCACUCCCUCAUUCCCCAAGACGCCCAUCAGCCCACCCAGUUUCCGUGCCCAUUCUGCCCUGGGAAAGCGGCUUCCCAGUUGAAGGAUAAAGGAGUUCUCCAAGAAAGAUAUGCUGGCUGAUUCUUCAUUGACCUACCAGCUCCUGCUAUCAAGGAUGCCAAAGCAGACCUUCUUAUUUUUCUUGAAUCAUGAGGGAUGAAAUUGCAACAACAGUUUUCUUUGUCACAAGAUUGGUGAAAAAACAUAAUAAACUAAGCAAAAAGCAAAUAGAAGACUUUGCAGAAAAGCUGAUGACGAUCUUGUUUGAAACAUACAGAAGUCACUGGCACUCUGAUUGCCCUUCUAAAGGGCAAGCCUUCAGGUGCAUCAGGAUAAACAACAAUCAGAAUAAAGAUCCCAUUCUAGAAAGGGCGUGUGCGGAGAGUAAGGUGGAUUUUUUUCACCUGGGACUUCCAAAGGAGCUGACCAUAUGGGUAGAUCCCUUUGAAGUGUGCUGUCGGUAUGGUGAGAAAAGUCAUCCAUUUACAGUUGCUUCUUUUAAAGGCAGAUGGGAGGAAUGGGAGCUGUAUCAACAGAUCAGUUAUGCAGUUAGUAGAGCCUCAUCAGACGAUUCCUCUGGCACUUCCUGCAAUGAAGAAAGUUGUGGCAAGGAACCUCACGUCAUUCCUAAAGUCAGCAAUCCAAAGAGUAUUUAUCAGGUUGAAAACUUGAAACAGCCCUUUCAAUCUUGGUUCCAAAUAGCCCGCAAAAAGAAUGUUGUGGACAGCCGUGUUGGCCUCCUGGCUUACACUUACCAUGGCUCGCAGAAGCACCCUAAGUGUUACAGGCCUGCUGUGCACCGGGUGGACAGAAUUUUAAAACCCACAUAUGGGAAUGAAUCUGCAGCACCUGAUAGAAGAAGUCAUCUUGGAAGGCACUUCCUUGGGCUUCCAUGGCAGGAAGAUGAGAAGCAAUCUUCAGGGUGAUUUCUGGAGCCUGAAAAAUAUAAAAAACAAAAAAACCAUCCUUUUGCUAAAAAAUUCUCAUGCAUCUCAGCUACAUAGCAUCAAUCAAACUGGUGAGAAAUAAAUGCAUCGCAGCAUGGCGUGGUGGCUCAAGCCUGCAAUCCCAGCACUUUGGGAGGCCGAGACGGGUGGAUCACGAGGUCAAGAGAUCGAGACCAUCUUGGUCAACAUAGUGAAACCCCAUCGCUACUAAAAAUACAAAAAAUUAGCUGGGCACGGUGGUGCGUGCCUGUAAUCCCAGCUACUCAGGAGGCUGAGGCAGGAGAAUUGCCUGAACCCAGGAGGCGGAGGUUGCGGUGAGCCGAGAUCGCGCCAUUGCACUCCAGCCUGGGUAACAAGAGCGAAACUCCGUCUCAAAAAAAAAAAAAAAUUGCAACAGGGUAAGUAGGUUCAGUACACAGGAAAACGGAAUGAGCAUUUAACCGUACAUUUAAGAUGUAUGCUAAAUAUGACAACUUAUUACCUUUCUAAAUAGAGAUUGACUAGACUAGAGGGCCCUUGAGCCAUAGUGCCUGGAUUUUGACCUUGGCUCUGCCUUUUUGGCUGUGUGAUCUUGGGGAAGUUUAUUCUACCAUGGUGUCUCAUCUACUCAAUUUUAAAAUAGGGAAAAUAGUAUCUGUGUCACAGGGUUUUUGUGAGGAUUAUAUGAAUUAGUGUAAAUUAUUAGAAUAUUUUCUGGCAUGUAGAAAGUGACUAAUUCAUUCUAUCUGUGGUUAAUAUCAUUUGAGAGAUUAGGCUUUAGACUGGUAAAAUAACUCCCACCAAUCCCUUUAAAGGAGAGACUAGAAAGUUUGCUGUUCUAGAUGCUUAUUCCUGGGGAACAUCUGCCAUCCCAAAGGCUUUUUCCUGACUACCCUGGCCUUCCAGGCUCCAUGAGUAACUGCUCCACAGAGAGGCAGAAACAAGACUUACACGAAGCGGGGGGAUGAGGAGGUGCAGGAUGGAGAGGCCACAAACUCCCUGGCAGAAAGGCCAAUGGGUUGCACAGGUAUCAGCUCUUCCUUCUGCACUGUUUGAGGUUUUCGAAGAUACUGUAAAGAGCUCUUUGGGUCUACAGAGAUCAGGAAAAACCAGUAAUAAUUUUACUAAUUUUUCUAUACCAUAGUGAUAUGUUAACAAUACAACUCAAUUUAGGAAAAAGUUUUAUUACAACCAUCCAUCCAUCUAUCCGUCCAUCAUCCAUCCAUCCAUCCAUCCGUCCAACCAUCCAUCCAUCCAUCCAUCCAUCCAUCCAUCCAUCCAUCCAUCCACCCAUCCAUCCGUCCAACCAUCCGUCCAACCAUCCAUCCGUCCAUCCAUCCAUCCAUCCAUCGAACCAUCCAUCCAUCCAUCCAUCCAUCCAUCCAUCCAACCAUCCAACCAUCCAUCCAUCCAUCCAUCCAUCCAUCCAUCCAUCCAUCCAACAAUCCAUCCAUCCAUCCAUCCAUCCAUCCAUCCAUCCAUCCAUUCGUCCAACCAUCCAUCCAUCCAUCCAUCCAUCCAUUCGUCCAACCAUCCAUCCAUCCAUCCAUCCAUCCAUCCAUCCAUCCAUCCAACCAUCCAACCAUCCAUCCAUCCAUCCAUCCAUCCAUCCAUCCAUCCCCCUCCUGUGGUAUAUAUGCAACAUGCUACAGGCUCUUCUGUCCAUCUUUAUGGAAAAAAUGAUAGAGUUUUGGUCAUUAGGAACAGAGGGGCCAGGACAGAAUGAGGGUCCAGAGAAGAUGACAGCAGAUUUUCUUCUAUUUCCUUGAUUUGCUUGGAGCAUUAAAUGUAAUGUACUCAGAGCAGUGUCUAGUACAUAGUAAGCAUUCAGCAAAUGUUAACUGUAUGUAAGAGUAUGAUAUUGUCUGUAAUGGGCCUUGGGUAUUUAACAUUUCUACUGUCUUUUUAUUGUUCUUUAGAGAACAGUAAACAAUGGAUGGGUAGCAAGGUUUAGAGAAGACUGCUGAGGUAGCAGUCAGACCUGUGUCCUGGCCCAGCUUCUGUAAGACCCCAAGAAAGUCACUGAAUUUCUUUGAGCAUCAGUGCUCAUCUAAUCAAAAGUAAUUAAUAGUCUUCUAUCUUCUAGACCAGAGAUGUAAACAGGACACUGUAUAUAAAAUUACUCUCAAAAUUAUAAGGCCAGUAUAAUGGCAAGACGAAGAAAAUUGAAGUGGGGCGGGGAACCCUUAAAGGACAGCCCAUCUCUCUGCCAUUCCCUUCUUAGUUUCACCCAAAGGAAGGAGGAAUUAAUAAUAAGACUGGUCAAGUUCGGGAGUCAGUAAACGUUUUUUCUGUAAAGGGCCAGAUAGUAAAUAUUUUAGGCUUUGUUAGCCAAGAGCCAAAAUCAGGGUUCGGAGUUAGUGUUCCCUAACCUCACGGUAGAAGCAUGGCCUCAUUCUCCUACAAAGCCUUCUCAUGCUUCUCUGACCAGAAAAAUCAAGUGAUCUUCCCUCCUGGGAACUCACCAAAAUGUGUUACCUGCAUCUUGUUUUGGCGCUGCCUUUAUAGUGUUGAACAAGUUUUCAUUUGAGGAAGCAAGUGCAGAGCGCAGGGUCUGGGGAAAGACUCUUGGGGAUUGAAUCCCAGCUGAACUACUCACUAGCAGUAUGAUCUUUGAAUACUCACUUGACCUAUGCAGGAGCGUCAGUUCCCUCAUCUGUAAGAUGAGUAAUAGUCUCUACUUUACUGGGUUGUUGUAAAAAGUAAAUGAGUUAAUAUAUCUAAAGAAUUAGAAUAGUAUGUGGCAUAUUAUGAAGCAAUCCAUAAAAUGUUUAUUCUUUUAUCAUUUUUUCUCUAAUUGUUUUAAAAUGUAAACUCUUUCUUAGCUUGUGGGCCAUGCAAAAUCUUUCUUAGCUUGUGGGCCGGGUAGCAGGCUGAGGAUGGCCUGUGGGCCAUAGUCUGCACUUCCCUGCUCAAGUUCAGGGGUGUUCAUGGCUCUGUGCUUACCUGGAGCCUGCACUGUGGUCUACUGACAGGCACACAUUCAUUUUCUGUUACUUCUCUUCCAUUUGGGAGGUGUGUCAGUUGAAACAGACCUGGCUCUUCAGGUUAGGCAAGCCACAUUCUCUCUUGACUUCCAAUUCCAGGGAGGGGCACUGAUAAAGUGAUUUGGGGUCCCUUUGGGGAGCAAGGUCUCUUCUUUGUUCAUUAGCUCUGUUUUUGUCCCUUUUCAUUUUCUCCCUUUUCUGCCUUAUACCUUUCCAUUAGCCCCUUCUAACAUGUGGCUGGCUGGUAUGGGGUGAAGUCCCAAGAUUGAGAUUCAGCCUUUGGUGGGAAGGCAGAGGUCUUUGGAAAUUCCCUUUUGGAAAUUGGCCCAGUUAUAAUUAUAGGGUUACUUUGAUUGCUAUUUGUUAUUCCUUAUAUGGGAAAAUCACUUGGGGAACCUUAGUGUGGAGGUAGAGAGAAAGAGAUGUUUGGCAAGGCAGGAUUCUGACAUUCCUAGAUCCCAGGGGUUAUACCAUCACAUACCUUCAGUGCUCCCAUGAUAAUUCCAAACAGGGCCUACAAGGGAAAAGGAGGUUACCUGGUUUGUGAUACACUUGUUUUUGCAGUUCAGUGUCUUCCUUGUGGUCUUGGGGCCAGAUUAUCUGUUUUCUUCAGGAUGGAGAAGAAUGGUGAAGCCCAGAUGAUGUUAGCUUUAUCUGUAUCUGAACAGAGGGGAAUACAAUGGUUAUUGGGGUGAGGGCCUAGGGAGGUGGUCAAAGCCAAAAGGGGCCAGAUGUAGCAUCAGGUAUGACAGGCAGCCUCUAAGAUGGCCCCAGCGACCCCCUGACGUGUAUCCAUGCCCUUGUAUAAUUCCUUCCCCUUGCGUGUGGGUUGGAUCUAAUGGUGUAGCCAAAUGGAUAGAACAUGGCAAAAGUGAUGGGCUGUCAUUUCUGAGAUUAAGAGUCAAAAAGAUGGUGGGUGUGGGUGUGGUGGCUCACACCUGUAAUCCCAGCACUUUAGGAGGCCAGGAGUUUGAGACCAGCCUGGCCAACAUGGCGAAACCCUGUCUCUACUAAAAAUACAAAAAAAAUUAGCCGGGCAUGGUGGCAUGCACCUGUAAUCUCAGCUACUUGGGGGGCUGAGACAGGAGAAUUGCUUGAACCUGGGAGGCGGAGGUUGCGGUGAGCAGAGAUUGCACCACUGCACUCCGGCCUCAGUGACAGAGAGAGACUCUGUUUCAAAAAAGGACUUUGGCUUCUACUUUGCUUACCCUCUCUCACUCUCUGGCCUGCUUGCUCUGAGAGCAGCCAGCUGCCAUGUUGUGAGCUGCCCACGAAGAUCUUGUGGCAGGAGUUGUUGUCUCUGGCCAACAGCCAACGAGGACUUGGGGUCUACCAAUAGCCACAAGAGUGAGCUCGGAAGUGAAUCCUCCAUCCUCCUGCAGUCAAGCCUUGAGAUGACUGCAGUCCUGGCCUACUUGUAGCUUGUGGAGACCCUGGGCCAGAUGCAUCCAGCUAUGCUGCAUCCAGAUCUUUAGCCCAAAGAAACUGUGAGAAAAUAAAUGUCAUUUUAAGCCAUCA